CACAGGUGUAGCCCUAAAGAGACAAAAAAAAAAAAAAAAAAAAGGCAGCAUUCAAGGUGAUGUCUAGAGAUGUAAUUAGUGUGAAUCAAAACAGCAUUGUCUCAAGAUGCUAAAUUGUAAAUGCUGAAAGUAUUUUUAAUAAUUUUUAAAUUAUGUAAAUUAGAAAUCUUCCCUUUCCUUUAGCAGAUGUUUCCCCAUUAUUCCUCAUCCUGGGAGUGUGUUCACCCCAGGAUAUAUGCAUGUGGGUGAUGCAUACAGAGUCCUAGGCAGUGAAAUUCCAGCCCAGAGAGGCUUGGCGUGCAAGGAGGGUUCCCUCUUACCUACCAUCUCUGCUCCCUCAUAUAUUCAUGCCCCUUGAUCUCCUUGACAAAAUUUCUAGAUUGGUUCUACCCUAGAAUUUCAUUUUUCUGAUGCUAUUACUUUAAAAAUAUUUGUUGUUUUAUCCCACUGAUAAUUGUAGUAAAAAUAGAAAGUUUUAAUGAUGAAGAUUUAAUCCCAAUGAAGAACAGGUGUUUACAGAUUGAAAAAAAAUCUUCACAUAUUUUGUUAUUAUGUGGAUAAGUUCAAAAUCACCAGGAAGAUCUAGAUAGAAAUCAAUAUAUGUAUUACAUGCAAAAUUGAUUUUAGCGUCCUUUUCAAGUAUGCUCAUAUCACUCUUCUGUGCAAGAUAUACAAGUAUAGAGAAAUAAAAGCUGAUGAAAUCAUCACUGUCUUCUUUUAUAAUAAGUGUAUUUUUUAACAAUAAGGGUCAGAGCACCAAGUAAGUGAGAAUUUCUCACCUUUCCAAAAUAUAAUUUUACCUUCUUCAUAACGUGAUUAUUAGAUAAUAAUAGCUAUUUAAAAUAAACCUGGCUAUUUCUAUCCAGUGUCAGUUCAGGGACAUUUCAAGUUUGAAAGCAAUAUCUUGAACUUAAGAAUAUUUUAUAGUAACAUCUAUUAAAUUCCACAAAAAACCCAAUUCACACUUCCUUCAGAAGCUAGAUAAAUGAAACAGAAAAUUGAGAACUCAAAAGUGAAUUUUUCCCCACAAAAAAUACCUUCUCUUGCUUUAAGGAAACCACUCCCAGACCUAACAAUAAAACCCACAAUCUUUAAGUUAUCCAAGAGAGAGGGAAAACAACAAGCCACCAAGCCAUCAUGCCAUGAGACACCCCCUGUUCUCCCGAGGGACCAGCCUCAGUAGCACCAUGGCUCCUUCUCUGCCUCAAGGUAGACGGCAUCUACCUUGUCACUCAGCUGACUUCCGAGACAUCCAUGUUUCUCACCACUUAGACCUAAGUUGGAGAGCCAGAAAAGAGCUACUUCGUCUACUCCUCGAGAGCCUUGCUGAACUCAAGGGUAGACUAAAUCAGAAACAGCUGUGCUCUUCAUUGGAAAGGCCAUGCCUGAAGGCCAGGACACAAUAGUCACACCUCAGUUCACCUCCGUGGGCCCGAGAGUCACACAGGAGCCAAGCACAGGGUCAACAGGGAAGUUGUUUGAAUUUCUCCCUAACUUGCCUUGCUCUGACCAACUAGAGCAAGGGCUCUGUCAUAUGAGUAGUUAGGUCAGGGACAUGACAAAAUCAUGAGACAAAACUUUGUAGUAAAGUCGAAAUAACAACCAAAUGAAAAAUCCUAUUGUAUUUCUUCGCCCAGAGUCACCUUCUCAAUAGCUAAAUGAUGUUUCAAUAUCUAAAAAGCCAGGUUCCUUUUAUCUGAGGGCGUCAAUGUCCUCAAUUGUUAAUUUCCUACAGUCUUUUUCAUAUUCAUGAUUUUUAAUCUAAUCCUUCACAGUGAAAAGUACCUGAAUAGUACACAAGUCUUGCUUGAUAGGUGUGCACUGUAUCCUUAAAUGAGUGGCAGGUGCUGGAUUCAAAUUAGAAGGCGUCAUAAUAUGUAGGCAUGAAAACUUACUGAAUCAUUUACUUGAUAAAUAAUAAAUAGGUAAAAAGUGACAGUUUUCUUGCAUAAUUCAUUUUAUUAGAGUUGAGAGUUUCAUAUAUUAUCCUAGAUUAAGACCAAGUAUUAAUAGUUUAGUGAAGAUAAUCCUUUUAAUCUAAAAACUUCUCUCAAGUAUUUCAUACAAAAUAAUGGCUCUAUACCCAAGAUCCUGGUUCUGGGUUGAGAUCUGUCCUCAUUGGCUAAUUGCUUUGUUUUAAUUAAAUUCUUAGUAUGAGCUGUGUCUAAUAUUCCCAUUAUUUUGGCUAUUAAAAUCCAACUACCUUUCUCUCCGUGAAUUAGAUCUAAGAAAGGGUUGAAUUAGUGACCACUUAUUAGAUGAUAUUAAUAUUAUGAUAGAGCGAUACUGACUUCCUGAGCUGCACUUUCCUUAUCUGUAAAAUGAAAAUGACUAUACUCUUAAAGUCAUUGCUCCAUACUUAGUUUCUUUUUCUUCUGAAACACGAUAAAAGAGGAAAAGCAUAAACUUCUGGUGUCACAUGUUCUUUUCAUUCUUUUUUUUUUUUUUUCAUUUUAACUAAAUUUGGGGCCAUGUAAAUCAGGAGAGAAACAUGCAAGACCUGAACAGGGGGCGAUUGGUUUUGUCAUCAAAAGGGCCUCAAUUAGGUGUCAGCAGACCCUUGUAAAUGCAUCCGCCUCCUUCUAAGAGCAUGGCUGUAGCAUGUGGAACUUCAAUGGGAAAGUGAAAACUAGUUUUAGGUGCUAUAACUUUCCACUGGCAAGAAAUAGGGUUCCCCUUUCCGCUGUCUUCCCUGCUGCUGCAUCCUCUUCCUCCUUAGUGAAAUCUUUCUUCUGCUUGUCUUCUUCUCCACAGCCUGUCAACAGCAUUUAUUGAUUCUCUGCUGUGGUAGGGACGUUUAUUAUGCCCACUUGUUCAUCCUAGUCUCCCCUCUCUCUCAAGUUAGCACAGUAGAUCGUUUGCCGUUAUAGAAAUGCCUGUUUGUUGUUGUUUUAAUAGAAAGUGUCAUGGGACUUGCGGAGAAGUCAUUUUCAGAAGAAAUAUUUUGACAAUCACUAUUUAGCCAGUUUGAAAAGCUGUAUGGAAAUGCCUGUGAAUUCAGCUUCUCUGCAUCAAUCCGUUAUCUUUUGCUUUAUGUGUGACUAUUGACAUGAGCUGAUGGGAAUAUGCCUUUAUAUUAUGUUAUUAUUUGUACUUGCCUAGCAGUAAAAGCCAUGGAGUUCAUUUUGAAAUCAGCAAAAAUCAACACCAAAUUCAUAAAACUAAGUGCAGUUUAUCAUAGGAUGACAAUUUCUUAGAUUCUCAGUUUGCGUGCCAUCUUAACAUCCAGUGUCUGAUUGGAAUGUCACGUGAAAGGUAAGGGAAUUGAGACUGGGGGAGGGUCAGCGAGGUGCCCAGGUUGUCAGUUGGCAAGUGGCAAAGUCCCCCAUCUCCCUCCAUUCCAGCUCUCUUUCACCAGACGAGGGGCACCUCUCCAUUUGCUGCCGAUUCUUGGUGGUGUUAAGAUUUUCCUUAUUUCUCUAUUUUCCCUUGUCAAAAUUUGCAAUGAUAGGGAAAAGAAAAGUGAAUAAGAAAAAUAUAUUGGUGCAAAAUUAUACCCAUGUUAAGGAAGUUUUGCAGGUUCAGAUUUUAUCUUUCUGACACAUCUUAUUAUAGACAAAGAGAAUGAAAAUGCUGACUCAUGUCAAGUAAAAUUCCUUCAAAGUAUUCUGUUGACCUUGUUGAAUAAGUUUAAGAAAGCAAGUUUACACAUGAAGACAAAUGUGUUUUCACUGUUAGAAUAUACUCUAUUUUUUCUAGUAUAAAUAAUAUGGAAAUUAUAUGAAUGUAUUGAAUGAGUAUCAAAAUACCCAUUUAAAAAUAACUUGGAAGUAAAAAAAAAAACUAGCAAGUAAUAAAAUGUAAAAUGUGAAUACAUUUAAACAUGUCUCUUAGAAUGAAUACGUCCUUUAUGAAUUGCAGCACGGAAAUGAUGACUGUUCCCUCUAUCAUUAAUUUUAAUGAUUUUUUUCAUGUUGCACAAUGUGCCUUGAAAAGGAGCCCCACAUGGAAUUUAUUUAAAAAUGACAAUGUGUUUUUUGGGUGAUAUAGAUGUAUGAUAAACAGAAUGCAUAAGAAGUCAUUUAGAAAUUAUCAUCAUAUAUAAAUGAAACUUGAGAGAUCAGCAUCAACUUGAAUCUAUUAUUUUAUUGGGAAAAAUGUUUUCCUUGUUCUAGGGAUAAAAAUAAGCAUGGUUAUAAAAUCUGCACAAAUUGAAACAACAAAACAGAAAAUUGGUGUAUGGAUUACAGUAUCCAAACAGCUUAUAACAAAUAAUUGUACAUGUAUUUAUUCAUUCACCUUCUGUCCCAAAUAGGAGUGUUUUAAAAUUCAUGCAUGCCAAUUUUUUUGCCGCAAAAAAACCUCUCAAUUAGAAUAGAUUUUUGGAUACAAUGAUCAUUUUUGCUAGAAAUUUGUUUGAAGAGAAAACUUUGAGUAAAGAAAUAUGCUGAAAAACAAAAAUAUUCUUAGUAGUAGAAUUUGCUAAAACAAAACAAAACAGAAAACCAAGUUCGUGCCUCCAAAUAGAGGAAUAUGCAAAUAUGCUAUGUCAUAUGAAUUCAAAAGAAUAUAUUCAGACAUUGAAAAUUACAAAUAAAAUAAUGAUUGUUAUGUAUUUUACAACAUAAAAAAGUUUUGAUUUGUUUUUCCAGUAUCACAUUUGAUGGGGUUUUUUUUGGUUUUUUUUGUUUGUUUGUUUUUUGGAGAACUGAGGUUUAUUACACCAGUGGGCUCAGAGGAGAUUGCUCUCCAGUGUCUGAGCCUGAUGAUUCUUGAUACAAGGAAAAUACUUAUAAAAACAUUCAAAGUGAAAUAGAUAAGUAAAUAAAAUAAAGAAUUUAUAUAUAAACUAUGGCAGUAACCACAUGAAACUCUACAUAUGGAUAAUGGAUAAAGAUUGAAAUAUAUAUAUAUGUUUGUGUAUGUAUAUAUUGUAUCUAGAUAGAUAGGCACAUACAUACAGUAUAUAGCUAAAGAGAUGAUAGAUAGCAGUUUCUUUAAUAUUAGGAUAUUUAAUUUAAACAAAAACUUGUCCUAAACUUUAAACAGGAGACAAAAUAAGAUUAUCCCCUUAGAAUAGAUUAAACUAAAAAAUAGUCUUGUUUUUAAUGACAGAAUAGAAUCCAUAAAACAGAUCUUUUGCUCUUAUUUCUAUAUGAAUGCAUAAAAUGAGUUUUUCAACUUUUUGAAAUCAACCAAGAUGAAAUCCAUGAUAUGAGUUCAUUCAUAACUAUAUAAUUUAGUCCAUGGUAGGAGUUCAUUCAUAACUAUGUAAUUUAAGUGUAUUCCAACUUCCAAAAAUAACUGGAAUUCUAUGAGUAGGCUAAGGAGUAGGGGAAAGGGCAAACACGUGCAUUUGUUUAGUUACAGUCCAAAGAUAUAAGUAAAGCUAUUUACUGUUUUCCUUAAGAAAGUCUAUUGGAGAUUGUUGUGUUGAAAAUAUCACGCCUUUAUAUUUGGGAGCUUCUAGCCCAGUAAUAUCUGAAGAGUAUAGUGUGCUCCCAGUUUCAUUUAUUUGACUUUUUGUUUAAAGAUGAAAACUCAUCUCCCAUCAUUAGCUCCACUCAGCUAAUGAAGCUUUUUCUCCUUGCAAGCAUGUUAGAAACUUUUGUUUCAAUUUAAAAAGGAAAACAUAAAGCUCUGACUUAACUGUUGAGAAGUAAAAUGCUCAAUGUAUGUGAAUUUGGUCUUGCUAUUUCUCUGGUUCCUCAAAUAUUAUGUCAGCAAACAAAUGAAACAUUAGUAGAUUAAUGAGUGUUAAUCCAAGUCCAAAUAUUCUUGAUUGGCCGCAAGACUUCUGUGCUCAGCAGUGCUAGUCCCCAGAAAUGCACACAUCGAGGACUCAAGUCUUCCAAUUAGUUAAUAGGCUGAGGUGUGUUCCUUUUCUUAUAAUGGUGAGUUCCCUACCUGCUGGUUCCUGGUUAGGUCAGAAAGAUGUACAAAAAUGCAAGGAAGGCCCAAGGCACUUCAGCAAUGCAGUCUCUCCUCCAGGGACCCUGUUUUCUCCAAAGAAAUGUGUUAUUGCCAUUACAGACAAGAUCUCUGCAAAAUACGUGUUAAAGCAAGAUCACUCUUCAGAGGACGAUGGGUUUUCUCGAUCAUAUGUACUGUUAGUUCAUCAUUCCCCUUGUAGGAAUAAAUAGUGAUUGCAAAACUAUGAUUCUGUAUUCAGGAAUGUACAUCAUUUUACUUAGAUUUGUACCAGGUCCGUCUCUGUCCUCAUACAGGCACAAAUCUGACGUCUUCCCCAUCACCCUUUUUUUUUUGGUUCUAAAAAUCACUGAAACCAACUACUCUAUAUUUUCCUAAUAUUAUUAGCGCAGCAUCUAGACUUUUUUCAGAUGUGCCCAUGAAGAUUUUUAAUUCAAGUGGUAAGAGGAAUAGUAAUAACAGUUCUAAAGACUGAGUUUUUCCACUUACAGAGAUUAUUAGCCUGGUGAGUUAAUUUUGAAAUAUUUUUUCAAAAUUCCCAGGCAUUAUAAAUUAGAGUUACUGGUUUCUUUCCUUUCUUUUUUUAUUUCUCUCUUUCUUUUUACUACAUGGCAGUAAUGGUCAUUGUAGAACACUUAGAAAAUGAAAAAAAAAAAAAAAAAAAAAAAAGACCAAGAAUAAAAAUUCUAGGGAGUUCCCAUCAUGGCUCAGUGGUUAGCAAACAUGGCUAAUAUCUAUGAAGACUCGGGUUUGAUCCCUGGCCUUGCUCAGUGGGUUAAGGAUCUGGCAUUACCAUGAGCUGUGGUGCAGGUAACAGACGUAGCUCAGAUCCUACGUGGCUGUAGCCAUGGCUGUGGUAUAGGCUAGCAGCUGUAGCUCCAAAUUGACCCCUAGCCUGGGAACCUCCAUAUGCCAUGCCUCCUAAAAAGACAAAAAAAAAAAAAAAUUAUAUAAUCUCACUACCUAAUGAUAAAUACUGUUAACACAGUAAUGCGUUUUUUGCAGAUUUCUCUAUACUGUUAAAUAUUUAUUACGAAUUCAGGUAACACUGCACACAGUGAUCUCUUUUCUAAUAUGCUUUCAUUCCAUAAAUGUACCAUAAAGUAUUACUUUAGAAAUUCCAGCGGUGCUCUGAAUUUCAGUCUUUAUUGCAUCACAGCAUAGGCUAUAUCUCAACUUGUUUAAGAUACAUUAAGGGUCAUUAACACAGAUGUUUGGAAGGUUUUACCUUCAGGGAUCCCCUUGGUGGAAAACAGGGGCACACAUGUUCCAGAAGGAGCCAGGCUUCCAGAAGGACCGCUUACCAAAGGUCUCUGGUGUGGUCAAGGCUCUAAUCCCCUGGCCGAGGUGAUUUUCAGUGGCUGAAAGCCCUCCCUCGGAUCACCUGACUCUAAAGUCCUGUCCCUCUGUAAGGGAGUAACAGUUAUACUGCAAGACUGAAUUUUUAUGAAAAUUUCAGGUACCUCCAAUGGUGCUGAUUAUACAUUUUGAGUGAUUUUAAAUACCCAGAAGUUCCUUCCCCUGUGUCCACAAAGGAUACUCUUUAGAAUUUUCCCUCUUCACUCAUACUUCUAAGUAUGUUUUUUUCUAAAACCACUUGGAUGUAUUUAGGAAAGCUUUCAGUAAAACUAGGACAGUGAUUCUUCACAUCAUAAAGUAGAAGAAGCAUUAAUGGAUACAUCUAUUUGCAUCGGGGGGAAAAAUUGCCAUUCAAUCAGAAGAAAGCAAAAUUGUGUUUAAAAUAGAGUAGAUUUUUAUUGUUCAGGAAGUGUUCAGUUUCAUGAUUUUUACUGUAUAUAGAUUAAGAGACUUGACAUUGACAUACAUGUCUUUUGUCUUUUUUCUUUUUUUUUUGUCUUUUUAGUGCCACACCCACGGCAUAUGGAACUUCCCAGGCAAGCCGUCGAAUCAGAGCUACAACUGCCGGCCUGCACCACUGCCACAGCAAUGCAGGAUCUGAGCCUCAUCCGUGACCUGCUCCACAGCUGGUGGCAACACUGGAUCCUUAACCCACCGAGGGAGGCCAGGGAUCGAACCCACAUCCUCAUGGGCACCAUGUCAGGCCCUUAACCUGCUGAGUCACAACAGGAACUUGGAUAUACAUGUCUUUACCUAUCCAUGAAAAAUAAUGGACAUGCUAAAGGCUUGCACAUUUCAGAUUAGUCUAAAUUUUUCCUUAAAAGACCUUGGACAUUUUAGCAGUACUUGCUCUCCAUAGCCACUAGUUAUUUUCAUGUGGCCUUGUUUCUAAGGCCUAAGAAAAGGAAUUAAAAUUGAAGGUAGUGGUAGGGAAAAGUAUGUUAAAAAUGUUUUUUCUCAUUUGGAUGACAAACUAGAAACAACUCCAUCCUACACAUUCAUGAACCCAGUUCCACCCUCAAAGGAGAGAGUCUGUGGAUUUCAGGCCACAUCUCGUGAUUAUCCAUGUGAAGUUAAACAUUGCCACCAGGAAAUGCCAGGAAGUAUCAUCACUGGGCAAGCGAGCAAGAAGCAAAUAGAAAACCAAACCACCUUUCUUCACCAGUUGCAAAUACUUUCAUCACUAGCAGCAAAAGUUGGCCGAUGCUUUCAAAUGCUUUCUUCAUACAUUUAAACUUCAACACAAGCUUCUUUGCAAUACAUGGUUUGAAAUCUCAAAAUGAAGUUUCUGAGCCAAUGGAAGAGAGGGUGCAAUAUGCCCUUCUGUUUUUUUCUGCUGUGAAACUGCUGUAGGAUUUGAGACACAAAACACUGUCAUGGGACAGUAUAACAAUUGGAAGAAAGUGCUGAAAACUGUGUUUUCUUUUUCAUCGUUUUUGACCUGAGCUAUAGUUGAAAGCUUUGGCAGUAGAUGUGUGUUUUGUUGAACGAUCACUGCAAUCGUUUCUAAAUUUAAAAACAGGAAUAAUUCUGACUAGGGUGGUUUUUCCAUCCUUUAUUCAGACAUAAAAUGAGUUUGAGAAUAAGAGAAAGCAGCUUUUUCACUUUGCCGUAUGUUAGGAAUGUCAUUAUAGGCUUCACACUAGAUUAGCUUUUCUUUACUUGCUCUUUAGUUAAACAUGAUGCCAUCAGAACGAAGGGAUUUUAGUGACUGCCCAAAUGCACAUUCCAAGCAAAAGUGGCCGUGAAAUGAACACCAAAUAGCUGAUGGCCCCUUACUUCCUUUUAUGUGGGUUGAUUGGCUGUUUCGGAUGUUAGUACUUUUGGGGUGUUUUGUUUUGUUUUAUUCAGAACUUAACUUGAAAAGAUGAUAUUAAAGUUCCCGCUUUUCUUCUUUUUCUCUGUUACUUAUUUUGACUUAUUACUAAUGUAGUUAGUGGCCCAGUUAUGUUUCUCUUUUUAACAAAAAUAUUUAAAGCAAACUGAUUCUAGCUGUAAGACAUUUAAAUUUAUAGUUUUCUGUUUAAGGUUAGAUUUAUGGAGGAUGAGAAGGCUGGUUUUAUGAAGGAAUUUUGGAUGGUGCCCUUUGCAGAUGAGAAUGUUAAAAGCAGAGGCAAGGUAUAAUCAGCCAGGGGCAUUCUCAGAGAAGAUUGUGAAAAUAUGGAAAAGGAGAGAUUGAAGGCAGGAAAAAUUACCCUGUGUGAAGGAUUUGGUAUGAGUGGCACUGCUAGCUUGCAGAUACAAUUUCUGGGUUUCUUUCAGCUGGCAAUGCCACUUAAAAGAAGGAGAGCAAAAACAUAUACCAUUUAGGGCAGCAGUUUAGACUCUGCCUCUAGUUUUCCAAUCAAAGUGGCAGAAAGACCCUGGCACGUUAUUAACAUCCUCAGGCUCAGGGAACUAAAAGUUAUGACUGGUACAGUGCUCUAAACUGUAGUUGAAAAAAUAUCUUUUCUGCUACAUUUUAGGGUAAGAGGUUGUCUUGCUUCCUUGUGGGCAUUCCUAAGGAUCUGGUAAUUUAAUAAAUCAAAAUAAAUAAGCCUUAAAAGAUAGAGUGAUAUUCUACUAUGGAGAAUGACCUCUAAACUCAUAUUUUCAGCUUGAAGACAGGCAAGACCCAAUCGCAAAAAAUGAAUUAUAGGCACAUAGCAACAAAAAUCACAUAUUUAUCUGUGCCUACAACAACUUCCUCGUUAAAAAAAAAAUCAAAAAGUGUUUUUUCUUAACAUUUUCUGCUCUUUGUAAAUGUUAACUUGCCUACUAAAUACUCUGAAGAAGGUUUCGUGGUAAUUUGCUCUCUUGCCUUCCCUACUCCUGCUAAGUCAAAUUGUAUUCCCUGUCUUCUGUGAAAAUUACAAGUCAGUAAGUCUACCCUGAAGGACCAUGGGACUCUAGGCCACACAGGCCUUGACUGUAAUUCAAGCUCUGCCACUCACCAGUAACAGUGAUGCUCAUCCAUGAAAUGGGAAGAAUAACUACCUCAUAGGAUUACUAUGAGGAUUAACUGAGAGAACAUUCAUGAAGCUCCCAGCCCUGGUGUGUCUCACAAAACAGGUGCUCAUAGAGCUAAUUCCUUUCCCGCCCAUUCUGCAUCGGUCUCCCUUCUCUGACCCCCCACCUCCACCCUCCCCCUCAUCUCUAAAUAAGGCAUACAUCCUGGCAGGAGCAUUAGCAUGAAUGCCCUGAUGCAUUUGUUACUGAACUAACUCAGCAGUGAACUUGGCAUUCCAUCCCCAGCCUUUCCCCAUCAUUAAUCCCCUUGGGCAACUCCCCGUCGUCGUACGAGAGUACACCAGGACACUGGGAACUCUGAAAGCAGCCACUGUGCACGUGAGCAUUUUUCUACCAGGCUUUCAGCUGGUCUCAUCCAGCCUCAGAGACCAGACUGAGCUCAUGAUAUUCACAGUUAACUGACUCUGGCCAUGUGGCCUCUGCCAUCAAGAUCUGCCACAAGGAGGACAGCCGUUCAGUAAAAUCUUAAGGCUAUUUAUAGCCCAUUUAAAACAAACACUCCCCGUGAAGCCAGAGGAGUCCUCCUUGAGAACACAGAGAGUAAUUCACUAAUCUCAGGACCAAACUAGGGCAAUUGAAGGGUGGAAAAUGUGGUUUAGUACAUUUUUUUUCCAGCCCCCUACACUUUACAAAGCAUUUGCUCCUACACAUUGUCCUAUUUCAUCCUUAUGCUGACCCACAAGGCAGCCAAAGCAGACAGUGACAACAAAUCCCCAUUUUAUAGGUUCCCAAACUGAUGCUAAGGAGGUUAGCUAAAUCAUGUUACAUGGCUGGAGAAGGAGGGGAAAGGAGAGUGGUAAAGAGGAAGAGUGAUUUCCUAUUGGUGCAAUCAGUCUGAACAUCAGUGCAUAAUUGUGGACCCGUAAGAAAAAAAAAUACACAACGAAGAGAAAUAAUGUUUCAUCAUGUUCAGGCAAGCUUAAACAUUGUUUUUUUCUUCACUUCUGAUGGGAAAGCCAAACUAUAAGAAAUAAAAACCUAGAGAGACUCUACAGAGAAACAUUUGUAAACAUGUUUGUAUCUGUCUAGAACAUCUCCAUGCAGAAUAGUUACAUUUUAGCCAAGAAAUGCCUUCUUGAAAUCUCUCCAAAUUAAAAUAUGCAGAAGUCAGGACUAAUCUCGAAAACAAAGAAGGAAUUUUUAUGAGAAAUUUUAAUUGAUUUUGCCAGUCAUCUCUGAUAUAAAUACCUCUUUACUGUCUUUUUAAUAUGAGGGAGUUUGCAGAGUUCAAGUAUUGCACGAAAAGCAAGACAUAAUGCAAAUGAAUUUAUGGACCAGAAAUGAUUUUUUUUUUCUUAAAAGAAUUAUUUCAAUUUUGGCAAACACUUUCGUUUUCUAAGAUCUGGGUUUAAACUGUGUUACCUGGAAAGAGGAUGCAAAGACUUUUUGGCUCAGUCUUUUUGGCUGAGCAAUUAAAAUUGUGUGUGUGUGUGUGUGUGUGUGUGUGUGUGUGUGUGUGACAGAGAGAGAGAGAGAUUAUUGCUUCAAGAGUGCCUCUGGGCUAGCAGGUUGGCUCCGAGCCAUUUGGGGAUUCUCAGAUUUACUGCUUCUCUGACUAUUGUUGCAGCUGUGAUUUACGGAGUUCAGAGUCUCUUGAAAGGCAAGACGUCUGAAGUUUAGAGUCUUUCCUUGACAGAACCUCCUCUUCCCCAUAUACUGCUUUUGCCGGUGUUCACCUUGCGGUGACCUUGCAGGACUCAGCAUUUUUACCUGAGCUCAGGAGCCAGGAGCCCACUCGUGCUGGGGCGAGGGCAGCAGUUUCCAUUCCUGGGUGAUGGAGUCAUGGGAGAAACUGCAGCGAACCAACAGAGAGUAGGACCCGAGCAGCGAGCGAGCCAGCCGGCUCCACUGUGCUUGAAGCGGCUCAGGACAGCACAGCCGCUGCCUCUCCCAGCCUGCAAGUGCAGCCUGCAUUUGUCACUGACCUCUGAAGUGUGUGUUUGUGUACGGUGAGAACUGGGUACUUUUGCGUUCAUUUGAAGACAAACUGCCAGGAGGCAAUCGGGAGCGAAUGACGGCAAAUCAUGAGAGCUACCUCCUUAUGGCGAGCACCCAGAAUGAUAUGGAAGACUGGGUCAGGUCCAUCCGCCGAGUCAUAUGGGGGCCAUUUGGAGGAGGCAUUUUCGGACAGAAGCUGGAGGAUACUGUCCGUUAUGAGAAGAGAUACGGAAACCGCCUGGCUCCAAUGUUGGUGGAGCAGUGCGUGGACUUUAUCCGACAAAGGGGGCUGAAGGAAGAGGGCCUCUUCCGACUGCCAGGCCAGGCUAAUCUUGUCAAGGAGCUGCAGGAUGCCUUUGACUGUGGGGAGAAGCCAUCAUUUGACAGCAACACGGAUGUACACACAGUGGCAUCACUUCUUAAACUGUAUCUCCGAGAACUCCCGGAACCCGUCAUUCCUUAUGCGAAGUAUGAAGAUUUUUUGUCCUGUGCCAAACUGCUCAGCAAAGAAGAGGAAGCUGGCGUUAAGGAAUUAGCAAAGCAGGUGAAGAGUUUGCCAGCGGUCAAUUACAACCUCCUCAAGUAUAUCUGCAGGUUCUUGGAUGAAGUACAGUCCUAUUCAGGAAUUAACAAAAUGAGUGUGCAGAACUUGGCCACUGUCUUUGGCCCUAAUAUCCUGCGCCCCAAAGUGGAAGAUCCUUUGACCAUUAUGGAGGGCACUGUGGUGGUCCAACAGUUGAUGUCAGUGAUGAUUAGCAAGCAUGAUCACCUCUUCCCCAAAGACGCAGAGCUGCAAAGCAAGCCCCAAGAUGGAGUGAGCAGCAACAACAAUGACCUGCAGAAGAAAGCCACCAUGGGUCAGCUACAGAACAAGGAGAACACCACCACCAAGGACAGUCCUGGAAGGCGGUGCUCCUGGGACAAGUCCGAGUCCCCCCAGAGAAGCAGCGUGGAUAAUGGAUCCCCCACAGCUCCAUCAGGCAGCAAAACCAACAGCCCGAGGAACAGCCUUCACAAGCUGGAUGUCUCCAGGAGCCCUCCUCUCAUGGUCAAGAAGAAUCCCGCCUUCAAUAAGGGCAGUGGCAUAGUCACCAACGGGUCCUUCAGCAGCAGUCACGCAGAGGGACUGGAGAAAGCCCAGAGCACGCCCAAUGGCAGCUUACAGGCCAGAAGGACCUCCUCCCUGAAGGGGUCCGGAACCAAAAUGGGCACCCACAGUGUGCAGAACGGAACCGUGCGUCUGGGCCUUCUGAACACCGAUGCCCUUGGGAACCCGGCGAACGGUCGCAGCAUGAGCUGGCUGCCCAACGGCUAUGUGACCCUGAGAGACAACAAGCAGAAAGAGCAGGCAGGAGAGUCGGGCCAGCACAACAGGCUCUCCACCUACGAUAACGUCCACCAGCAGUUCUCAGCAGGGAGCCUCGACGACAAGCAGAGCGUCGACAGCGCCACCUGGUCCACUUCCUCCUGCGAGAUCUCCCUCCCCGAGAACUCCACCUCCUGCCGCUCGUCCACCACCACCUGCCCGGAGCAGGACUUUUACGGGGGGACCUUUGAGGACCCUGUCUUGGACGGGCCCCCGCAGGACGACCUUGCCCAGCCCGGGGACUAUGAAAACAAAAGCGACCGCAGGAGCGUGGGCGGUCGAAGCAGUCGUGCCACCAGCAGCAGUGACAACAGUGAGACAUUCGUUGCCAACAAUACCAGCACCCACAGUGCCCUGCACAGUUUAGUGUCCAGCCUGAAACAGGAAAUGACCAAACAGAAGAUCGAGUACGAGUCCAGGAUAAAGAGCUUAGAACAGCGAAACUUGACUCUGGAAACAGAGAUGAUGAGCCUCCACGAUGAACUGGAUCAAGAAAGGAAGAAGUUCACGAUGAUAGAAAUCAAGAUGCGAAAUGCCGAGCGAGCAAAGGAAGAUGCGGAGAAAAGAAACGACAUGCUUCAGAAAGAAAUGGAGCAGUUUUUUUCCACGUUUGGGGAGCUGACAGUGGAACCCAGGAGAACAGAGAGAGGAAACACGAUAUGGAUCCAGUGAGCCCACUUUCUCCUAAGGUCUUCAGUGGAUCUGGGAAAACUCUGGGGGUUCUGGUGGGAAUAUUAUAGGGGAGCAGGUGGCUGGUCACCUGGCUGUACAGAGUUCUAACUGAGGAAGGCAUAUCAUUUACAGACAUGUUUCAUUCAAAUCUCAUUCAAAUCAAAUACAAUGUGUACCAAAGUCGUAUCAUGCCCCAUAAUGCUACUGUCAAGUGUUACAACUGGAUAUGUGUAUAUAGAGUAGUUUUUAAAAAAGUAAACUAAAAAUGAGAAGCAUAUCUCAAGAAUUAUUUUAUUGCAAGUCUUGUAUUUAAAAUAUUAAAUCAGUAUGUUGUUGCAAUUUAGCUUGCUUUCAAGCUUCACCCCUUGCACUUAACAUAAGCUAUUUUUGGCAUUGUGUUAUCAUCAGCUUAUUUUAUAGAUCAAUAUUUUUAUUUCCCCUUUUGCUGAGGAAAUGAAGAUAAGCAGAUAUAUAAAUAUAUAUAUAAGAUGAGUUAUUAAAAUCAAAAGAAUACUUUGUGGCUGUGCUGUUUGUGCCAAUAGACCUUGCCAUGACCAAAAAGAGGGAUGUAAAUAAUUUUAUAAAAUACGAUAGAAUCAAUAGGAACCUUUGCAUUGCUCUAUACAUUCUGCCAUUGACCCUCAUCAGUUUUCUUGGUGAGAUGAUUUGACACAGGAAACUUUGGACUGUGUAAAAAAAAAAAAAAGGCCCCUUCUCAAGCCCCUUGUCUGUCUUGCCAGUUCCACAGAUGCAUGUCUCCUAUGCUGGAUGCACCUUAGAGGGGAAAAAAUGGUUUAAAAAAAAAAGAGAGAGAGAGCAUUUAAGUAGUCAUGCCUUGAAGUACUCUAUCCUUUUGCUGGAUGAUGGUUAUGAGAGAAGUUCUUGUUGUUGUUGGGAAAUUGAGCAAACAAUGCUUGCUAGCAGUGCCCCUGUGAGCACCUGUCCUCCACUCCAGCCCCUCCCCACCCUUCCCCCUCCCCUCCGCACUCACACCCAUCCCCGGACAUCAGCCCUCUGGAAUGCUGGCAGUGAAGUGGUGUACUGUGUUUCUCUUAGCUAAAUUGCUAGAGUAUGUGCCGUGUAUUCUUUCACUCAGGUCGACUGUUCUGUUGUCAUCUUUCUGAACAACAGCAGGCAAAGGCAGUUUGCAGCAAGAGGGAAGGGAUGGGGGGUCGGGAGAAAGACCAGAAGGAGGAGGAGACAAGUUUGGAAGGAACAAACCAACUAUUUUGCUUCUAGUUUUAACAAUAUUGUUCUUCCCUGUUGAAAACAUACUUAUUCACAAUAAUUCUGAAGUGUGGAUCUUUGAAGGUCCAAUUUUGAUAAAUUUGUGAGCCUCAGUAAUGAUAACUUUCUAGAGAAGCCCAGGGCUCUCUGGAGCUAGAGUUUGGGGGAGAACAAUUCUUCACCAUUGAAAUAAGGCAAUGACUUUGAGAAGCAAAGCAAAUAAAUCUUUCUCACGCUAGAACAAAAAGUCACAAAAGGCAUAAUCAGAAAUAAAUACUACUUGAGUUUA